UCUCGUGACACAGAUACUCUGCCAUGGAAAUGAGGGCAUGAUGGAUUCACAGUUGGUUGGUUUUGCUUGGCUGCCUUGCACCUAUCUCACGUCUGUUAGGAAAAUCAGAUGGUAUUUUUCCUCAGAUAGUUGAUUAUUCUGCAGGUCAUUCUUUGUUAACACCCGAGCAGCAGCUGGUUACACCUGAUCAAAUCACACCAGUCUGGAAAGAUGGAGAAUUUUUUCAGCAAUGUCACACUCAACUCCAGCGAACAAGAGCUGUGUCAUCUUGGACUGGAAUAUGUUGUGGUUCUCUCACUCAUCGACAUCAUUACUUUUCUGGUGGGACAACCAGUGAUCGCCAAACUGCUGUUGCUCGCCUUCACAUCCAAGAAGACUACAGAUAUCCUGAAUUGUAAUUUAGCGCUCUUCCACAACUUGCAGUACUUGAUUUGCAUCUUGCAUUUAAUUGCAUUGUUUUUGCUGCCACACAGCCACCUACAAAUCCAAAUGUUUCUCUUGGUGUAUGUAGAAAUCGGAGGGUCAAUGAGUUUGUCUUUUAUCUGCCUGGAGAGAUAUGCAGCUGUGAUUCACCCCACAUCGUAUCCUCUGCUGAAGAAAUACCGAUGCAGGGAGGUUUGUGCUGCGACAGUCUGGCUCUUUUCUGUGCCCAUUGCUUUGGUGAGUGUUAUGGCUCCAAUCGCUCCCACCAACACCCUCAACUUUUUCACACAGUUCCCAUGUUAUGUGAUGGUGAGCAUGACUGCAAUGAUGGUGUGGUGCAGCUACAGUAUUGUGAAGACACUGAAGAAGUCCGGCCCAGGGAGAGACGAGCUGCAUCCUGCCAAGAAGAGAGCCUUUAAAAUUGUCUGUGCCACCUCAAACAUCACCUUAUUUUGUUACAUUCCAGUUUCUCUUCUCCAAAGGCCUAAUGUGGUUGCAAAUAUACAGGUAUAUAACUGUAUAAUACUACCUGUAUGUAUAAGCUUACUGUCUGCUGCGAGUGUUGUGCAUCCACUCAUUUAUCUAUCCACCCAAGGGAAGUUGGCUCCCUGCCUAAAAAAGAGAGAGAGAGAGAGAGAGAGAGAGAGAGAGAGAGAGCAAAAAAUAUGGAGCAAUUAUCUGAAUGGUUGUGUUUAAAUGGAAAGAGCCAUGGCAAGUUUGUGCCCUAAAUGAUUCAUCAAUUGUGCAGGUUUCUCCAUCUCAUGCUAUUAUAGAAAUUACAGAGUGAAUGGAGUAUGGAAAAGAUAAUCAAAUGAUGAUAUGGUGUGAAAAUAUUAUGUAAAGUAAGAGGAGUGUUUCUUUUGUCCUGUGCUGGAUGACUGUAAUGAUGGAAAUAUGGAAAUAAUGUUUUAUUUGUGUGGUGUAUAUUACAUCAGAAAAAAUUAAUAAUUUGAUUACAGACCGAGCUGUGGGCACGACACCAGACUUUGUCUUUAAGUUUAAUAUACACCAUAUGGCCAUGUGGAUACCCCUGUCUUCAUAGCUUUGUAUAACUUUGGUCUGGGGGCUGUUUCGGGCCACUGUAGGUUGUCCUGGUGCAACAAGCUAAUAGAAAAGUGAAGGAAAUGUCAAUCAAGCGUAGUUUGUACACACCCACAGAGUUAUUAGAUGUAUUAUUAUCAAGUGGGUUUCAUUGUCUAUCUUAUUUUUGUAUUAAUUAUAGCAUUCUACCCUGUUUCCUUUGUCCAUUAUCUAUUUUCACAUAAAGCACG